AUGGCCGCCCCGGGGCCCCGCCUCCUCCUCAUUGACUCUUACGACUCCUUCACUCACAAUUUAGCCUCGCUGUGCAAGCGGGCCAUUCCCCGAAGCCAUAUUCACAUCGUCAAGAACGAUGCUCUAUCCAUCACCACUCUCGCCCCACUACUGAAGCACUUCGAUGCCAUCGUCGUAGGUCCCGGCCCAGGCUCUCCCGAUAAUCCCCGCGACGUUGGCAUACUUAAAGAUGUCUGGCACGUCUCCCACGACCUCUUGACCCCUGUCUUCGGCGUAUGCCUCGGUUUACAGAGUCUCGCCAUCGAGUUCGGUGCACAAAUCAAACGCCUCAACGUAGUCAAACACGGUCAGGUCUGCCGUGUCGAUCACCUAGGCUCCGACAUCUUCACCGACGUCGGCGACGUCCACGCCGUGCGAUAUCACUCCCUUCACGUCGACCUCCCAGUACAGUCCGACAUCGUCCCACUCGCCUGGUCGGACGACGCGGAAGACAACGGCCGGGUCCUCAUGGCAUGCAAGCAUCGUUCUAAGCCCUUUUGGGCCGUCCAGUACCAUCCCGAGUCGGUUUGUACCCAAGGUGGCGGCGAAGAUGUCGUCCGCAACUUUUGGCGCCUUGCUUCCGACUGGUCGUCCGCUAAUGGACGCACUGUUGCUCCCUGGGAUCCCGACGUGGAGGCCGUCAUCGGCCCAUCUUGGCCCGACGUGCGUCCGGAAAUUGAUGCUACGGGCGAGGAGCGCUCCGUCCCCGUGUCCACUAGGGUUCUCCAUAUCCACCCGCCGGAUAUCAAUCGCGUAUGCGAGAUACUCGGCGUCGAGGACGACAGCACGGACUUCGUCAUGCUCGAUUCUGCUGCCUCGCCCGGCCGCUUCUCCAUAGUCGGCUGCCUCACUCCUACCUCCCCGAAGAUCACCUACUUCGUGGGCGACACUGCGGUAAAGGUCCAGCGUGGUAGCGACGUGACAUUUGAAGAGCUGGGCUCCCUCGACAUCUGGGCUUGGCUCGCGGCGUUCAUGCGCAAACACAAGGCCCACGGAGGCACGCCCGAGGUCCCGUUCUGGGGAGGGCUCGUCGGCUACCUAAGCUACGAGCUCGGCGUCCAGACGUUGUCCCCGCUCCCUCCACGUCCUGAUUCCUCCGCGCGCCACCCAGACGUCAAUCUCGUACUCGUCGAGCGCAGCAUCGUCAUAGAUAAACAAGAGGGCAAAGUAUACAUCCAGAGCAUCUUCCCCGCCGACCUCGUCUGGCCCGCCAACAUGUCCGCCAAGCUCCGCGCCCUCGCAGACCCCGCGACGGACCGGACCGCACCCCCCGCCCCCAAACCGCCCAAGCCCGACGCCGCGCCCCCCUCCCCCGCGAUCACCCUCCCGGACCGCGCCGCGUACAUCGCGAAGAUCGCCGCCGCGAAGGAGGCCCUCUUCGCCGGGGACUCGUACGAGCUCUGCGUGACCGCGCCGACGCGCGUCGUCGCGCCCAAGGCCGCGUCCGCGCGCGCGCGCGGCACCUCCUCCUCCUGGGCGCUCUACAAGGCGCUCCGGCGGCGCAACCCCGCGCCGCACGCGGCGUACGUCCGCCUGCACCCGUCGACGCUCGUCGCGUCGUCCCCGGAGCGCUUCCUCGCGUACGCGCGCGCGCCCGACGCGCGCUGCGAGCUGCGCCCGAUCAAGGGCACCGUGCGCAAGGCGCCGGGCGUCGGCAGGGCGGAGGCGACGGCGCGGCUCGCGGGGAGCACGAAGGAGGUCGCGGAGAACCUGAUGAUCGUGGACCUUAUUCGGCAUGAUCUGCAUGGGGCGGUCGGGGAGGACGUGUGCGUGCGGCAGUUCUGCGCGGUGGAGGAGUACGAGACUGUUUGGCAGCUCGUGAGCGUCGUCGAGGGCCGGCCGGAGACGUCCGUUCGCGCGCGCGCGGGGGCGGAGAUGGGGUGGGAGGUGCUCAGGGCGUGCUUGCCCCCCGGGAGCAUGACGGGCGCGCCGAAGAAGCGCAGCGUGGAGAUCCUGCGCGAGCUCGAGGGCGCGGAGCGCGGCGUGUACUCGGGCGUGAUGGGCUACGCGGACGUCGGCGGCGGCGGCGACUGGGCCGUGAUCAUACGCAGCUGCUUCAAGUACGACGACAAGCCCACGCCGCCGGCCCCUCCCGGCGCGGGCGCGUACGCCCCGAACGGCUUGGCGGACUGCCCCCGCUUCAGCGGCACUCGCCAUGGUGGCACGAACGGGCGCGUCGGCGGGAAUGGUGGUCCACCUCACACCAACGGCACGGCUAGCGGACAUGGAAGUAUCAAUGGUCGGGACACAAACGGACACGACGGUACCCUCAACGGUAACCGUACCUUCAACGGUAACGGCCCCCUCAACGGUCACGACCCCCACCAGGCCAGCGGGCGGACGGAGUCCCUCAUCGACGAGUGGACGCUGGGGGCGGGCGGCGCGAUCACUGCCCUCUCCGACCCGGUGGCGGAGUGGGAAGAGAUGCUCGUCAAGGUCGAGAGCGUCCUGCCUGCUUUCGCGGACCUCGAGUCGUUUUGA